AUGCAACACGGGAUUAAACGAGUUAAAUUAUCUGAAGAAGCAAAACGAUUAAAAUUAGAAAAAGAUCAAAUCAAAAUUAAAAAUUAUCGUCAAUUAACUGAUGAAAUUUUUGAAUUAAGAGCAAAUGAAAAUUAUUCUGAUGAAGCAUUAAUUAAAACUAAUGAAUUAUUAAUUAUAAAUCCAGAAUUUUAUACCAUUUGGAAUUAUCGUCGAGAAAUAUUAAUUAAUAAUUAUUCAUCAUCUAAUGACAAAGAUGAUCAAAUUUAUGAAGAUAUUUUAAAUCAAGAUUUAAAUUUUGUACUUGUACAAUUAAAAAAAUUUCCUAAAUGUUAUUGGAUUUGGAAUCAUCGUCGUUGGUUAUUAUUCGAAUUAGUUAAACUUGGGAAAGUUAAUUGGAAAUAUGAAUUUGGGGUGGUUUCAAAAUUAUUAGAUUUAGAUCAAAGAAAUUUUCAUGGUUGGCAUUAUCGAAGAUUUGUUGUUGAAAAUAUGGAAUUAGAAUGUAAAAAUGAUACCACACUUAUCUUAAAGAUUAAUCUUGAUGAAUUUAAUUAUACCACUUUAAAAAUUCAAAAAGAUUUUCUGAAUUUUUCUGCAUGGCAUAAUCGAACUAAAUUAAUACCUAAAAUAUAUAAUUUAAUUCAACAACAACAACAAAAAGAUGGAAAAAUAUUUGGUGAUCUCCCAGGAAUAGAAUUAUUUCAAAAUCCAAUAUUAUUAUUGAAAAAUGAUUUAGAAAUGAUUAAAACUGGUGUUUAUAUGAGUCCCGAAGAUACGUCGGUUUGGUUAUAUUUAUAUUGGUUAUUAACUGAUGAUCUUUUCACAAAUGCUUUUAAAUCACAUCAACAAGAUUAUAUGAAUAUUUUACAUGAACAAUUACAAUUAAUUAAUGAAGUUAAUGAAAUGGAAAAAGAAGAUACUGGUCAAGAUAAUGUUGGAUGUUUGAAAAGUAUGAUUUUUAUAAAUGCUUUAAUUCAAAAUGAAAAUAAUAAACCAGUAUUGACUGAACAAGUUAAGAGUUGUUUAAAACAAUUAGCCAAAAUUGAUCCCCUUCGGAAAAAUAAAUAUUUAGAUCAACUUGCCGGUAAUGCCCCAAUUUUUCACCAUUAA